ACUAGAACCGUAUCGCUUCUCCCCCCCCCUGCAACCGGCAUGUAAAUACUGCUUCACAGCGCUUUGCAUAGAUAGAUACCGUUCCCUCUUAACUUAAUGUUGAGAACAGGCCGUUUAGAUGUGUCAAACCGCUGAAGCACUUUGAUGAUAGCAGAGCUUGAGUGGAGCAUUAGUGGGCUGAGAUGCUGCUCACCGCCUCAUCACGGCUGCUCCGGCUGCUGUCGACCAUCACUUUCAUUCUACUUUUUCAAGCCAACGACGCCAAGACAGACCUGAAGAGCGCCUGUACCACCUGCCACCAAAUCACCGACAACUUCCAGAGGGGCUUUGACAGGACAGCAAAGCAGAACUUUGGAGGAGGCAACACCGCCUGGGAGGAGAGGACGCUGUCCAAGUAUGAGACCAGUGAGAUUCGCCUGAUGGAGAUUGUGGAGGAUCUUUGCGACAGCAGCAGCUUCGAGUGCAACCGAAUGUUGGAGGAGCACGAGGAGCACUUUGAAACGUGGUGGUUUAAGAGGAAAACGAAACAUCCCGAUUUGCACAAGUGGUUCUGCAUAGAGACCAUUAAAGUUUGCUGCCCAAAAGGAACAUUUGGACCAGACUGCAAUGCCUGCGUCGGGGGCUCAGAGAGACCCUGUCACGGAAACGGAAAGUGCGACGGCGAUGGCACCCGCGGAGGGAACGGGAAGUGCAGCUGCGAUCACGGUUAUGAGGGGGACUUCUGCCUGGACUGCACCGAUGGACACUUCAACCAAGAGAGGAACGACACCUUCUCUCUGUGUACAGAAUGCCACUCGUCCUGCAAGACCUGCAGUGGAGCGACCAGUCAGGACUGUGAUGAGUGCAAAGAGGGCUGGGAGGAGGAUGAGCAAGAAGCUUGUGUCGAUGUAAACGAGUGCGCCAGAGACGCUUCUCCCUGCAAAGAAGAUCAAUACUGCCUCAACACGGAGGGCUCGUACUCCUGCAAGGCCUGUGAUAAAGCGUGCACGGGCUGCAGCGGAGCUGGACCUGAUAAGUGCCAGGCGUGUGCCGGCGGCUACCAGGACACGGACGGCUCCUGCACAGAUAUCGAUGAGUGCUCUCAGUCAGAGCCAGCAUGCACGAAAGAUCACCAGAAGUGUGUGAACAAUAAAGGCAGCUACGCAUGCGUUUGCUUGCCAGGCUUCGAAGAGGAAGACGGGGAGUGCAUCCAAACGCAGGAGCAAGAUGCACCGGAGGAGUCAGAAGCAUCUCAGACGACCACAAGUCCACGCGGCGAGCUUUGAAGAGACCAGGAAGAGGCGACUGCAGCCCUUCAUUUUUAAACUUGUUGACCACAUGCACUUAUGACUUUGGCUGCUCUCGAAAAUCAAUGAAGAUGGUAUUUUUCCAGCAGCGGAUUUAAAAAAAAAAACAACCAUGAAAUGGGACACUUUACACUCUCAGUAUGGACCAUUUAUCUUUAUUUGUGCUGCGGUUUUAAAAUCAAAGUUGUUUCAAUAAAGGUGAAUAAUGUUGAAUUUAUCAAA